AUGAUGAAUAUGAAGGCUCGCUUAGCCGGUCUGGAGCGGAGUGUCUGUCUCGGCGGCUGCGCUCCUUCCAGAGCCCAAGGACCCGCAGCGGCGGCGCUGCCUCCCCUCGCCAACGACCCCCCAAAAGUUGGGAUGCUCUUCUUCACCCAGUGCUUUGGGGCCGUGUUAGAUCUCAUUCACCUGCGCUUUCAGCACUACAAGGCGAAGCGGGUGUUCUCCGCCGCGGGCCAACUUGUCUGCGUCGUCAACCCCACGCACAACCUGAAGUAUGUGUCCAACUGCCGCGCCGUCACUCAGAGCGCACCGGAGCCAGAUGGCUGCCCCCACCACCCCCUGGCCCACCGCCACCGCCAUCACCACGGGCACCGCCACCUGCGCCACCACGCCCACCCGCACCACCUCCACCACCAGCAGGCCGAGCUGCGUGCCAGCCGGGUGACGCCCUGCACCUGCCCCCUGUCCUCCUGCCCGUGGGAAGGCCGCCUGGAGGUGGUGGUGCCCCACCUGCGGCAGACGCACAGGGUGGAUAUCCUGCAGGGAGCCGAGAUCGUCUUCCUGGCCACGGACAUGCACCUCCCCGCCCCCGCGGACUGGAUCAUCGUGCACGCUUGCCUGGGCCACCACUUCCUGCUGGUGCUCAGGAAGCAGGAGAGGCACGAAGGGCACCCCCAGUUCUUUGCCACCAUGAUGCUGAUCGGGACCCCCACCCAGGCCGACUGCUUCACCUACCGCCUGGAGCUCAACAGGAACCACCGGCGCCUCAAGUGGGAGGCCACCCCCAGGUCCGUGCUCGAGUGUGUGGACUCGGUGAUCACCGACGGGGACUGCCUCGUCCUCAACACCUCGCUGGCACAGCUCUUCUCCGACAACGGCAGCCUUGCCAUCGGCAUCGCCAUCACUGCCACAGAGGGCUGCUCCUCAGACGCCGAGAUGUGA